GCAGCCGCACGGCACGCUGUCCGCACCCGACCUUCUCCGCUCACCGCGCACGCCCGCCCUCCCGCGCGCCCACCAUGGCCACGCUUAAGCAAUUAGAAGGAAGAUGGCGACUGGUGGACAGCCAAGGCUUUGACGAGUACAUGAAGGAAAUAGGAGUGGGACUAGCUCUGAGAAAAAUGGGUGCAAUGGCCAAGCCAGACUGUGUCAUCACUUGCGACGGCAAUAAGGUCGACAUAAAAACUGAGAGCACUCUGAAAACAACACAAUUUUCUUGCGUCCUGGGAGAACCAUUUGAAGAAACUACAGCUGAUGGCAGGAAAACUCAGACGGUCUGUAACUUUGCCGAUGGAGCAUUGGUUCAGCAUCAGGCGUGGGAUGGGAAGGAAAGCACAAUAACAAGAAAACUGAGAGAUGGGAAGUUGGUGGUGGAAUGUGUCAUGAACCAUGUCACCUGUACUCGGGUCUAUGAGAAAGUAGAAUAAAAAUUCCAUCAUCAUUUUGGACAGGAAUUAGCUGCAAGAAUGAAAAAGCUCAGUUCAAUGAGCAAAUCUCCAUACAACUACUUUUUUUUUUCACUACUAUGUUCAGUAAUCUAUAUCACAAACAUUUUAAGUGCAAAAAUUUCAAAGUGAUGGUUUAACUGGCCUCAUCCCUUUGGUUAGCAAAUAAAUGUGUUUGUGCUAAUA